AUGAUCGAACUUAAAACAGUGCCCAUAAGACUUGUGGGCAGGGAAGGGGGAAGCAGACCAUUGGAAAGUGGAAGCAGACCCUUGGAAAGUGGAAGCAGACCCUUGGAAAAUGGAAGCAGACCCUUGGAAAGGGGAAGCAGACCAUUGGAAAGUGGAAGCAGACCCUUGGAAAGUGGAAGCAGACCCUUGGAAAGUGGAAGCAGACCCUUGGAAAGUGGAAGCAGACCCUUGGAAAGUGGAAGCAGACCCUUGGAAAGUGGAAGCAGACCCUUGGAAAGUGGAAGCAGACCAUUGGAAAGUGGAAGCAGACCCUUGGAAAGUGGAAGCAGACCCUUGGAAAGUGGAAGCAGACCCUUGGAAAGUGGAAGCAGACCCUUGGAAAGUGGAAGCAGACCAUUUAAAAGUGGGAGUAGACAGGGGAAUUGCAUGAAGGUCAGAGAGUAUCUGGGAAGUGUAUAA